CUGGGCGACUUCAACCUCCACCACCCAGCGUGGGGGGGAGAACGCUCUGAGAGAGAUCCAUCGUCUGACCAGUUGCUAGAACUGACGGAUACGAGGUGCCUGGACCUCUGGCUAGAGCCAGGCACUACCACGUGGGAGCGCAACGGAAGCAAGACCACUAUCGAUCUGGUCCUCGGCUCGCAGGACCUGACCCCCAGGCUCGUUUCCUGCGAGGUCAACGAGCGAGUCCACGCAGACUCGGACUACUAUCCCAUACGAACUCUUCUGGAUAUCAGCACUAAAACCCCUGAGGCACAGCUCCGAAGGAACUGGAAAGCCUGUAGUGUCAAGGACCUGCAGAGUUUCGUGGACCUUAACCUACAGACCAAGGCCUUUCCCUUACAAACGAAAAAGCAUAUUGAGCUCGCUAUGGAAUACCUUAUCGAGACAGUCAAUCAAGGAAUUGCUGCCUCUACCCCGUGGGCGAAGCCCAGCAAGUGGGCGAACCCUUCAUUCAAUGCAGAAUGCCGCGAAAUGGUCAAGAUCACCCGGAAAUUCCGGCGUGAGUACACGGAAUCAGUUAUUGCGAACGGCUCUGUCGACCCUACUACAGGCCUCCGGUGGGAGCACUAUACCAAAGUCAGGAACCGCAAAGGAAAGGUGUUGGCUAAGGCACUGCGCCAGGGUCACCGUUCUUGGGUCCGCAAGGCUACCGAAUCAGGCCCUCGAGGCAUGUGGAGGGCAGCUAAGUGGGCGAGAAGCAAGGAGGCUCGCGGAGGCCUCAUACCUACGCUGAUAACGGAUGGCGGGCUCGCAGAGACCGCAGAACAGAAAGUAGAGGUAUUUCGCAAAGCCUUCUUUCCCGAACCACCCCCGGCCGACCUCUCUGACAUCCUAACGGCCCGGAUACCCCCCCAGAUCGAUUUCCCGGACCUUACCGAGCACGAGGUGCUCUAUUGCACCAGACGGGCGCCUCCCGAUAAAGCACCAGGACCGGAUGGUAUCCCUAACAAGGUCUGGCACUGGCUGGGUGAGGUCUCCUACUUCCUCGCUGUACUAACGCAGAUAUUUAACGCGUGUCUACGUCUUGGGCAUAACCCGGAAUACUUUCAGCAAUCGACUACUGUAGUACUGCAUAAAGUAACUUCCCGGGACUAUCGUCUCGCCAAAUCCUACCGACCUAUAGCGUUCCUCAAUACUAUCGGUAAGAUCCUGGAGGCCGUAGCUACAAGGGAGGCAAUACCUCACGACCAGCUGCACAUCAAGGACCACGCAACCGGCUUUAUCAUCAAGCCGGUGGAGCACGCCAAAUCAUUAGGAAUCUGGCUCGAUAGGACCCUUUCGUUCGACACUCACAGGGUUAAGGCCCUUGCUAAGGCGAACGGGACUUUGGAAGCCCUCCGCAGCAUCUCAGGCUCGACCUUGGGGACCUCCCUGCUGAGCAUGCGCCGCAUCUACCUGGCCGUGGAGACGGCCAUUCGGAUCCAAACCGGGCCGGAUAUGGCCUGCCCCCGGGGGCUGCGCUGGGAAAGGUUGAAGGAGGCAUUCAAGGGCUCCGGAUACUCUCUGAUAGAGGCACUGAAGUGGAAGAAAACAGGUCCGCUAUAUGCAUACGGCGACAGGCAAGAGGAGUGGGAGACCAGACGGGCUCAUGUAUUGGCCCCGUGGGAGUUGCCCCUAAGGUGUAUCAUUGAGGGGGCAGAGGCAGUUCAGACCCACGAUAGAGUCUGCCGCGAGAACAGGCAGAUCUGGUAUACAGACAGAAGCGGCUAUCAGGGGAUGAUCGGAACUGCCGCGCUCUCUAUUAGAGCAGAAAAGACCGCCAGGAAGCAUCUAGGAACGGAACUGAACUCUACGGUCUACGUGGGGGAGUCGGAAGGGGCCCGAAUGGCUCUGGAUCGGGCGAAGCUAACCCCGAUCACAGUCUUCUCAGAUAGCCAGGCAGCCAUUCAAGCUGUGCGCAACCCUGGCCGGCCAUCGGGCCAGUACGCACUGCGGGCUAUCUACGGGAGGAUAAGAGCCCUGCGGAACGAGAGCCUAAAGGAUGCUGAACUGCGUUAG